GCCGCUGGAAGAAUCAGGAGAUUGCGCGGUACGCAAAUGCACGACGGAAACCCGCGAUGCGUUUGCGCUCGAUGUAACCCGGCGUGCCGUUCUUCAGAUCAGUAAUCGUGCCGCGUCGAAGAUGAAAAAAGGACGUACGUAUACCCGCUCGCGUCUCUCAACCUCAACGCGAAUUCCUCUCUGGUUUCCGUGCUCCCGUCUCAACAAAGUCUCUCGUUGAGUCAGCCAUGAAGCCGAGUUUGUUCGCCAUAACGUUGUGUUUCGUUAGGCAGCGACGCCCUUUCAGCUCGAUGGGGCAUGGUGAUGGGCGCCACACGAGCUCAGCUGACUCCGUGGUGCAGACGUGUCGCUGCCCCGCACCUUAACGCGUGGUUUUUCCCGCUCGUAUCUGGCAACGUCAAAUCUGCGGCUUCACGGCAGCACGCUAUGGGAUCCUCGCACUCGGAACGGCGAAAAGAUGGACCCGGAGCGAAUUCAGGGAGGGACUGGUCAAGCGAGGCGGUCAUAUAUAAAGAGGCAAGCUUCUGCCUGAUCCAGCACCGGGCUCCCAUCGUCCAUUCAUCCCAGCUCUUCUGCUCGUUGACCCCCGAGCCCCAACAUCUCAAACUACUCUUGAACGUUAAGACUUCAUCCUGACCUCUUUUUUUUCUCGAGCCCGCAAGAGCCCUCUGUUCAGUCGGCAUGCCAGAAUCGAAAACCUACACGGGCGGCUGCCAUUGCGGCGCAAACAAGUUCUCAAUCCCCAUCUCUCCGCCGCUGGAUUCUCCAGAACAGAACUUGAUGAACUGCAAUUGCUCCAUCUGCGCACGCAACGGCUACAUCUUCAUCUUCACUUCCGAGGAUGCCUUUGACUGGAAAUCUGGCGGCUUUUCCUCCAUGACCGAGUACAAGUUCAAGACCGGGAAGUUUAAGCACUACUUCUGCCCCACGUGUGGAACAUCAGUCUGUGUAAAUGCAGAGGGCAUGGGAGUAGGCUUAAAUGUUCGCACCAUUGACGACAUCGACGUCGGCAGCCUGAAGAUUACCAAGACGUAUGAUGGAAAGAGCAUUUGAAGUGACUGAGCGACCGAAGGCCAGAAACUGACUUUGCAAUUUACAUCUGGAUAGCUUCGCGAAGUCGGCGUGGACCAGCCGCUGUGUCAGGUACAUUCGCUCUAAAUGAAAGGGUUUUUUUUCUUGCCAUAUCUGGCUUUCAUAC